AUGAAAGCUGUACGAUAUUCCCCGCGGUCCCCUCCUGCGAUAAACAGCGAGGGAGCAUCAUCCUGCGCAAUAGCUGGGUCGGCCGAGACAUACAUGAGCGAGAGUGAUGGCGCUUCAGUCGUCCCUCAGAGGUUGACGGUCGGUUCCGCUGCACAUGCGGAUCCGAGAGCCCUGGUUCGAUUGAUACAGUGCACUCAGUGCUCCCUCUUGCUCGAUACUCCGGUAACCCUGCCCUGCGGACAUUCCGUCUGUAAAGGUUGCCUCCCACAACCCCAUCGUCGCGCCAACGUCGUGCACCCGAGCGCGCCUGAUCGAAUCCAAGGCAUAAGAUGUCCCGUGGAAGGCUGUGGCCAGGAGCAUCCGCUUGGCGACUGCAAUAUCGAUGUGUCCCUCCUUAAAGUGAUCGAUGCUGUCCAGGCAGUCGCGGCCAGCUCUCUUCCUCUGCCGGAGGGGACCUUGCGACUGGUAGAGGUCUGGAACGCCUCAGAUUCGAAAAUCCCCCCAUCCUCGAUCCAUGAGCCACCAAGAGAACAGACGUCGGCGGGAGGUCGACUGAUUGCGGCGUACGCCAUGCUCGCUGCGGGCCGUCUGGCAUAUCGUGCAGACUUGAACUACGAGGACAGUCCGGACGCUGUCGAAAAACACAUGCAAGCGGAUGUCGCACUGAUGGCAGAGCUGCAAGAAAGCUUGUGCAAGGAAUUGGACUGUCAGGUGUGCUACAACCUGAUGUAUGAUCCGGUUACGGCGCCAUGCGGACACACGUUCUGCCGCAUAUGCCUCGCACGAGUCUUGGACCACUCGAUGACUUGUCCAAUCUGUCGAAAGAAUCUUCCCAUUCCUCCGUCCCUAACUUCUCAGCCGAGCAACUCUCGACUCGUCGCGCUGAUGGAGAGUCUUUGUCCAGACAUGGUCAAGGCUCGAGCGGCCGCAAUAGCUGCGGAGGAGCAAGGCGGCGUCGGCGAGCUAGACACGCCCCUCUUCGUGUGCACGUUAGCUUUUCCAGGACAGCCGACGUUCCUUCACAUCUUCGAACCACGCUAUCGGCUUAUGAUUCGAAGGGCGUGCGAAUCGAACCGUCAGUUUGGCAUGUUGAUGUACAACCAAUCCAGGCAGAGCCAAGGUGAACUGGGGCAGGUUCAUUUCAAACAGUACGGAGUCAUGCUGCAGAUCCUGGACGUUCACAUGUUCCCAGAUGGCCGAAGUUUGAUCGAGACUCGGGGCAUGUAUCGGUUCAAGGUGUUGGAUCACGGUGUUCUGGACGGAUACACAGUGGGCAGGAUUCAACGAGUCGAAGACCUCAGCUUGGUUGAAGAGGAGCGUAUCGAGGCCGAGGAGAUUGCCUCACACUCCCCAACUGGCGCAGCACAGUAUGCAGACCUCGAUUCUCAGUCGGCCUUGCGGAUGCUUUCCCAGGCGUCGGAUCAGGCUUCCAGCAUAAAUUGCCUCACGUCUAGGCAAUUGCUGUCCGUCGGCUUAGACUUUGUCGCAAAAAUGCAAGAGCACAGCGCACCCUGGCUUCAUGAACGGAUCCUUCAGAGCUACGGCGGCCCACCCAACGACCCCGUUCUGUUCCCGUAUUGGUUCGCGUCGGUCAUUCCGAUCGUCGAAGAGGAAAAAUACAAGCUGCUGCACACUUCUACCAUCCGGGAGAGAUUGAAGAUCGUCGUGCGCUGGAUCCUACGCAUCGAGAAUCAACGGUGGUGA